CAGGCUCAUUCCGCUCUGCGCAUGCACACGGGGCGCCCGUUCGGGUUGCGGCGCACUCUGGCGUACGUUCGGCCGUCCUCGCCUCGUCAUAGAGACGCGGGGAAAGACCGGCUUCCGCUGGAGGAGGUUGGGAGUGAAGACAUCGGCUCUGCACUACGCAUGCCCAUGUCGAUCCGGAAGUGCUUCUUCUUGGGCGUCUGACACGUAGCGUCUGAGCGAGCGGAGGGGUGAGGGGUCUUCGCGGGGUUGCGGCCGCCAGACGUGCGCGUAGCGAAGGGGGUCUGGUGCCCGGGCCUGAAGGUGAGCUCAGGGGGUCGUCACACCCGCCGCCCGCCCUCUCUUGGCAACCACAGGCGCCGUGGGAAAGGGAGGGGAGAGGCUUUUGGGGGGGGUAGGGAUGCUGAGCUGCACUCCGCUUUAAAUACACCUCCAGCAGGCAGUUCGUCGAGAGACGUGACCCACAAGCGGCCGUCAUCGCCCUCCCCGUUCUCUGUUGUGUAGCACGAAGGUCUGCAGUGCUGAUCUCCCCCCCCCCCCCAACUGGGUCUGUUCCUAAAGGCUAGUGGCUUCCAAGCACCCGCAUCCCAAUUUCAUUGAUGCCAGAAGUCGGAAGAAAUCCCGUUUAAAAUAACUGGUUUUAGCGGAGGCAGAUAACCUCGCUCAGAACAUCCUUUGCAGUAAUGUCGUGCAGUUUUGUGUGUAGUGGUGAUGGUGGUGGUGGGGGUUUUCCCCUUCGGUUGUCUUUCUUGGAUAAAUGGAAAUGAAAGGGGAGGCAUACUGGAUAAAACAUGGUGGGUGAUGGCUACAUAUGCCCUGGCAUAUUUCUCAGUGAUGGCAGUGUAGAACCUGCCAGGGGGCGGGAUCUAGAGUGCUACAAAUGCUCUGGGGUAUAAUUAACAACAAACUGGUUUAAAGAGGUUUUGUUUUAGAGGAGCAGUAGCUAAGUGGUAGAGCAUAUGCACUGCAUGUACAUGAUUCCAUAUUCAGAUCUAGUUUAAAGGUCCUUGAGAAGCAGGGUUAAACUAGUGUUCCCCAGCCUGGUGUCCAGCAUGGCUAAUGGGCGCUGUGAAACAGCUGGAGGAGAGCACCACAUUGAGAAUGGCUGGAGUUGACAGUGCAGAGCCAGAUGUGUUAGUAGUCCGACUUGGAUACAGAACCUGAGACACUGCCUAUACAAAGUUAACAUACUCCUAGUAUUUCACUUGAAGUUACAAGCAUACCAUUUUUCAAGAGGUCCUGUAUAUGCCACUUACUAUUUGAUUUGGCAGUACAGUAGUAUCUUUUUGCACUUAAUUGCUUUCUUUUCUAAGAGCCAUUUUAUAUCUGUGAUUGAUUAUAAGAACAUGCAGUGCUAGAAACGGAGAUAUGAAAGCUAGGAGCUAAAUGGCACAUUAAACUUAGGUUUAAUUAUGGGUGCAACAACGGAAUGUCUAGGCAUGCUUUUUUAUAACAAGAAUACAAAGCUAAAAAUGAAUGAUCUGCAGCUAAAAUAUUAUGUUCAUUUUUCACAUGGUCUAGUCCUUCCUAUGCCCAUCCCCCUAAUAUUCUUAAGAGGGUCUCUUCUCCAGUCUUCAGAGAGUAGCUAGAAGUGGGGAGACAGAAAAAGGUCCCCCUUUCCUUCCACGCUGCAGUUUUAAUCUGAAAUCUUAGGCCCAGAGCUCAGAAACUGUUUGCGCUAAUGAAAUUCUCUGUCGCAAAAUGCACCUAGAACAAUGGGGGUUUCGAACACUGAGAACAUGUGCUUUUGUAGUGGUAGGGCUUUGUAUUCUGCUUGAAGGAACUUCAAAAUUACCAGCUGCAUCUUAGGAGUGAAGAUAUAAUUAGUUGAAUUGUGUUAACUUUUGAAUACAUUGAAAUGUAAUUUAUUUUGCAGACAGAUUGCAAUGUCUGGGUUCGACAACUUCAAUACAGAUUUCUAUCAAACAAGUUACAGCAUUGAUGAUCAAGCACAGUCCUAUGGAGGAGACUAUGCAGGAGGAACAUACAACAAGUAACUUGAGUUUCUUUUAUUCAUUUAGUAAUCAUAAUAAAAAAUGAAAAUGAAAAAUGUAGAAAUUAUUUAAUUCCUUAAGAUAAACAUAGGACAUUGGUGCCAUAAACAUAAGCCAGUUUUUAUAUGCAAGUAGAGUGUUUAAAAGUUGGAAGCUUGUAAACAUUCACUGCUACUAAUAAAACUACAAUGCUCUUUAAAUACAGUUUGCUCCAGUUCAUAAAAAUUCACAUUUAGUCCAAUACAUUUUAUACUGUUAUAAGUAGCUCAUAUAUAGGGAGCCCUGUUUAUGUAUCAACUGUUCAUUAAUAGCAACUCUUGUACAUUACUUACCAAAAACUAACUUUGUAAAUAAGCCCAUCAGUGUUACCAGCCUGCACAUUAUUCUGCUUACAUUUUCUAGCUGGCUGCCAUGGACAAGAAGUCUUCUUUUCAGCUAUCAUUGAAAUGCAAGCUACUACAUAAGCCUUUAGUUUUUUAGUGGAUUGGUUUUAAAAAAAGGAAAGCGGGGGGGAAGGGGAGUCUACAGCCAAGCAGAGGAAGAGACUUUUGUUUUAUUGUGGCUAACACAGAAACCAAGGGAAAAGGGGACUUGGCAAUCUUGCCCUCUUCCACCAACCUACACUCACCUGCAUGGAAUUUCUCGUUGCCUGUGGCAGCCUGGCAGCCAGUCAUUUUAUUCAGUGCAAGCCUGUCUUACAAGGUUUAAAGGGCAGUGAGCCUUAAAAUGAAUAAAUACAAUGCAUCACUUAGAAUGUCUUCUUAGAACCCGAUUCUGAAUAGGUUCUGCAUUCUUGUCUGUGAAGAAGCUUGCUUAGAAAUUAGGGGAAAGUACAAAUACAAACAACCAACCCAGAAAGCCAGUUGUGGUGGUUUGUGUCAUAAUGGGUACCAGGUCAUUGUGCAUGUCACAGGUGUUAAAACAAAUCCUACUAUCCACAUGGUUCAUUCAACUCUUUAGAAUAGGAGAGUAAGGUGACUUAGAUUAGGUCCUCAUUUAAGGUCCGGAAAUAUGUUGGACUACAUUAAGGAACUUGUAACCAAGCCUUGACAACAAUCUUAGUAAUAUAAUCUGAGUAUGCAGUUGGAUUUGUCUGGAAGUGAUCAUUGAAGGGGAUGGGGGCAAGGAGAGAAAUUGUCAGGAACAUUUGACAGGCAAGCACUGUACAAAUGAUGGCUUAAAAAAAGAAAACAAGGUGUUAAUAGGACUGAUAGUUGUGAGGCAUUCCAAACCAUUGAAUUCCAGAUAAACAGUGGUAGAGUUCUUUCUGCUUCUCCUUUACAUGUUGUCAGAAUAUAUUUGUAUAGCCAUCUUCCAGAAAUUAUGUUCCAAGAAUUCAUGUCUGCAGUGUUGUAUUCACUGAUAUUGUAUAAAGGUAAAGGUACCCCUGACAGUUAGGUCCAGUCGCGGACGGCUCUGGGGUUGCGCGCUCAUCUCGCUUUAUUGGCCGAGGGAGCCGGCGUACAGCUUCCAGGUCAUGUGGCCAGCAUGACUAAGCCGCUUCUGGCGAAACCAGAGCAGCGCACGGAAACGCUGUUUACCUUCCCGACCUAUUUAUCUACUUGCACUUUGACAUGGUUUCGAACUGCUAGGUGGGCAGGAGCAGGGACCGAGCAACGGGAGCUCACCCUGUUGCGGGGAUUUGAACCGUCAACCUUCCGAUCGGCAAGCCCUAGGCUCAGUGGUUUAGACCACAGCGCCACCCGCGUCCUUGAUAUUGUAUAGGGAACGUUUAUAUGGAAGUGUCUCUUGUGGAGUAGGUAUAUAAGGGCUUUGAAAGAGUUUCUAAAAUUCCUGUGUUGUAAGCAUUCAUCUAAUACUAUUUUUAAAAAUUGCUUUCUGCAGACAGUAUGCUGGCUACGACUAUUCUCAGCAAGGCGGAUACGUCCCUCCAGAGAUGAUGCAGCCACAACAGCCUUACACUGGCCAGAUUUUUCAACCAACGCAAACAUACACUCCAUCCUCCCCACAGUCCUUCUAUGGAAGCAAUUUUGAAGAUGAGCCACCCUUACUAGAAGGUAUGGUUUUUAUUUAUUGCAAAUCUAUUUAUCUGCUAAUAUAUUUUGGGUAUGCUAUAAAGGACCACUGACAGCUGAUUUCCAAGAGAAUACAUUCAUAUAUUUUUAAAUUUAUCUUUACAUAGUAAGACAGCUGCUAUGGAGUUUUGUUAGCAGUUUCUCUGGUCUCUGGUUUUAUUCCAUUAACUUGCCUCUUACAAACUGCUCUUGUGUGUUUUAAGUGGAAAUUAAUUACAGGGCUGAGAUAAGGUUGAUUAUGGCCCUAACACGCCCCCCCCCAUCAAACAUCUGGGUUUUUUAUUUUAUUUUAAAUAUAUUUCAUAGUGGUGCUAUGCUAUCUUUUAUAACGCAUUCAUACCUUGCAAAUAUUUUCCCACAAUUAAUAUUUCUUGUUACAGCAUGUCUAAUAGCUCCUAUCUAGUGAUGCUUGUGACUCAUUGUGCCAGUCCACAAACAUAUUACAAAUCUCUUGAUUUUUUUGCCUCCCUUCUUUCACCCUUACGUAACUUGUAAGCUUUCCAAUUUCUGCACAUUCAGAUACGAUUUUUGAUUUCCAUUCUCUCACAGCAGGUACUUUCAAACUUUUCCCUGCAUAGCAGAAUUCUGCAGCUGCAACCAUAUCUAAGAGUUUGUUUGUUUUCUUUUGGGUCACUCCACGCCUUGCAAGUUUAUACAGCAAUCCAUGACUGCUUAAAACAACAUGUUUCCACUGAUGACAAAUGUUAAAAUACUGUUCUUUGUUUGAUAAUGCAGAACUAGGAAUCAAUUUUGACCACAUCUGGCAGAAAACUCUUACAGUAUUGCACCCGUUAAAAGCAGCAGAUGGCAGCAUAAUGAAUGAAACUGAUAUGGCAGGGCCCAUGGUCUUCUGCCUAGCCUUUGGUGCCACAUUAUUGCUGGUAAGAUGUACGCAUAUGGGGGUGGAGGGCAUCAAUCUAAAAUACGUUGGGCAAAAACAAAAGUUGCAAGUUAAGGCAUUUCUAGUAGGUGUGGUUUCUUAUAUGUAUAAAUACAUAAUGAGGCUGUUUGAAAUGCAGAAGAAAAAUACAAGAGUAAUUUUUGUGUGUGCAUACUUUAAAAAUAUAAUAGCUUUACAGAGGCAAUGUGGUGAAUAUGCAUGAAUGUGAAAUAUUUUGUUAGGACCUUGUUGGACAAGUUUCAGAGAAGCUAGAUCUAGUUACACAGUUCUUCAGAUGAAAAAGUGAAUUGGGUGGCCUUUUAUUUAUUAAAUUAUUUCUAUUCUUUUGAUCAAAGAUUUCAUGUAAGUAUUUAAUUCUCAAAGACCAGCUGAAAAGUUUCUCACCCUCCUUCAGAAAGUGAGCAAGGAUAAGAAACUUCUCUAAGAAGAGGAUUUAGUAGCUUGUGGGGCUGCUACAGACAAGGACUGGCUCCUGGGGAGACACAUCAUGAGCUGGGUCUCAUAUAAACUUCUGCACCUGGAAAAGCCCUUUUAUUAAUUUACAGAAACUGUACCUCCCCUGCCCCAUUACAGUGCUCUGGUGCUUUUUGGUUUGGAAAGAUGUGUAGACGACUGACCUGGCUCCUUGUGGUCCACUCACUGUUGGGAGUAUUUAUCUCUUGCAUUGUUACUCAUCUGGUGCCUUGGCCCCACCCCACCCGAAAAAACAUGCACACACAGUUUUUUCUUGCAACAUCUUCCCCAUUCAUCUUUUUUAUAAAUAAAUAAACAACCUAGAGUUUUAAAAACUAUUGUAAACCUAGUAAGUAAAGAUACCAAAACAGUAAAGAAAAUGAUUCUGCCUGUAAUCCUUAAUUUUCACUGUUAAUAAAAAGUAAUAUUUUAUUUUUCUCCCUCUUUGAUUUUACUCUAUUUUCCCCGUUCUCCAAAUAGCUCAGACUAAGGGGUGAUUUGAACUUUUGAUUUGUAUUCUCUCCGUUCUAGGCUGGCAAAAUUCAGUUUGGCUAUGUGUAUGGGAUUAGUGCAAUCGGAUGCUUAGGAAUGUUCUGUCUCCUGAAUUUAAUGAGCAUGACGGGCGUUUCGUUUGGCUGUGUUGCCAGUGUGCUAGGAUACUGUCUCCUUCCUAUGAUCAUACUUUCCAGCUUUGCAGUUGUAUUUUCUCUGCAGUAAGUAUUGCCGUCAAAUAUUAUGUUACACUGAUAUACUGAAUGUUACAUCUAUAAAUUCUAGCGGUGGGAAAAUCUACAAAAGCAGCUUGUAUUAACUUAGGGCUGUUUCAUUCACCUUGGACACAAAGAGCCACACCUUGUAGAUAUUAGGAUCAGAUCAGGUUCCAGGCAAUAUGAGCUCACCUUGGAGCUUUGAGGGGGCUUCUAAGAUUUUGUUUGCCGUUUGCUAUAUUUUUGUAAAAGGGGAAAAAGAUGCUCCCUGUGAAUACAAUACACCAGGCAAAGAGGUAAGGGUGUAGUUCUAUGACUGACAGCUCUACUUUCCAAUCAAGUGAUUUACUUUGGUGCCUUUCUCUUCUGGUCAUAGUGCUUUUAUUUAGGUGGCAAUCCUAGCCCAUGUCUUGUUGUGACGGGACUUGUUAGAGCACCGCAGCCCACAGUGCCCUACAGAGAGAAAGGGGAGAAAUGUCCCUUCACUGUAUCAGCUCCCAGGUUGGCACAGUGAAGAGACAUGGAUUAGGCCAAGCUUCCUCAACCUCGGCCUUCCAGAUGUUUUUGGCCUACAACUCCUGUGAUCCCUAGCUAGCAGGACCAGUGGUCAGGGUUGAUGGGAAUUGUAGUCUCAAAACAUCUGGAGGGCUGAGGUUGAGGAAGCCUGGAUUUGGCUGUUUCUGUCACAUGGUGGCGGCAGGAUUUGCACGGGAUCCGCUGAGCUGGCCCAGUCUCACCCUCUUUCAGGGGGUCCCUCUGGCUGCUACCAGCAAGCUUCCCUGCUGAUGGUGGAGCUUCCCCAUUGAUGUCAGAGCUCCCCGAAAAGCUGAGGCUGGUAGGGCUUGAGCAGAGGGACACCUCCACCUCAUCCGCAACCUGUCCAGCAUGGCAGAUGGGUAGUUUGGAUUGCUCUGCUGGGUAAAUUUGUAUAUUGCUUUUCAAUUAAAAAAAUAUAUAAGCCACAUAUUAAAUGUAUAGUAAAAAAACCCCCACAAAGCACCCCUAAUAUUCGAAAACAAUAUUUCAAAAUAUUACUAAAAGACAAGAGGAUCAACACAGCAAAAUCAGGUGAAAAUCAGGGAGUUCUUCAACUUGGAUUAAAUUAGUUCCCAAAGGCAGUAGUUAAGAUCUACAUCUUUAAUGCCCAUUUAAAAUCUGCAAGGGCUGUAACUUAUCUGAUGACCUGUAGAAUUUCAUUCCACAAUUGUGGGGUCACCACUGAGAAUGCCAUUGUCCCCGUGUUAGCUGGUCUUUCUUUUAUACACAGUUAUCUCUGUAGGGCUUCAGCAAGCCUUUCUUUUGGGAGGAACGUAGAAAGACUUCCUUCCUUUCUUCCUUCCUUCCUUCCAUUCUUUCUUUACUAGUGGGCGGGCUUAAUUGAGUGAUAUAGUUAUAUUUUGAAGCCCCAAAUACUGGUGGUAGCAUGCUUGAGAGUGCUGCUAGAUACAUUUUUUUAUCCUUCCCCAAAAUAUGCUUAUAAGCCAUAGUAACUGGAAUACCUUUGAAGAAUGCACAGGACUGUUUUGACGUGUGCACAGUGAUGUGAAACUGUUACCCAACAUUGUGUUUAAAUCAUUUUGUUUUUCAGGGGUAUGAUGGGAGUUAUUCUUGCUGCUGGAAUUAUUGGAUGGUGUAGCUUUUCAGCUUCCAAAAUCUUCAUUUCAGCCUUGGCAAUGGAAGGACAACAACUUUUAGUAGCAUAUCCCUGUGCUUUAUUAUAUGGAGUCUUUGCCCUCAUUUCUGUGUUUUGAGCUGACUUAUCCUUAUUGUUGGACUUAAAUGGGCCAAACUGAAAAAGCAUUCACUUUUGAGACACUUAAAACUGGGACCAGAAACCAGCUCUUAGUCACUAUCAUGCAAGGUUAAUGCUUGAAUUGUCGUCUGGAGCAACAAAAACAAACGAGCCUUUUGUGUUCCUUUUUAUAGGACUCUUGAAUACAGUUUUGAACUGUCCUGUAAUGUCUAUACCUUUAAUACAGGUUCAUGAUUAUACUGUUUAAAAUGUAACAUUUCUUUCCCAGUCCAACAGCCUCUGGCAAAAUAUUAUUAUUUUGAAAACUUUUGUAGUUCAGAAGUUUUUAUAGAUAAGAGGAAAUGAAACCAUGAACUUUACAGUUGCUUUCCCAUGGCAGCAUGCAACUACAAUCCUAAACAAAAGAUAUACAUUCCCUUUUUUUCUACCAGUUUAGCAAACUAGAAAACUCUCUCAAUAAAACCUAAUAUUGAAGCAAAGCAGAAUGAGUCCCACAUAUAACUUUUGAAGAGUUUACAGCACCAACUUAGAUUAUAUUUUUGUUUACAGUAAAUGGUCCAAAAGGCUUUCCAGGCUCAAAGCUACCACAUUUAUAAAUGUUUCAGUUUGUAUGUAUUUUGUAAAUAGCUCUAUCAUAAUUGUAUAAAUCUGAGAAGAUGUUCAUUUUCAUACUAAGAAAUCAAGAGUAGACUUUCAAAUGGUUCCCCAAAAACAACCUGUUUCAGAAAGCAGUUUGGAUGAAUGUUGUCCUACACCAAUUAAAUUGUCCCCAUAAUGCUCUUUGAAAGCGUUUCAAUUUGACCUUUAACAAUAUAUCUUCCCAGUAAUGUUGUCCAGCCUUGACUAACAAAAAAAAAAAGCCUCAUUUAUUCAAAGGAGGAUUUGUUCCCAUUGAGCAAAUGCUACAUUUCAAUCACGGUGUGCUUGUAUCCAAUGUGGUUUAUCCAAAGGCAUCCCUGCAUGAAUGGAGCAUAGCACAGGGCUUCACCUUCCUCUCCUAUUCCCUUGCAGCCUCCAUGUGUGCUGUCAAAAUCUGCUUCAGAGGUUUGGGGAACCCUUGAGCAGAUUUUGGGGUCUGUGGGAGCUGCUGGAGAGGAAGGUGAAGUUGCUCAUGCCAAAUGUUGGAUUGCACCAAUGGCGUUUUAUAAUUAGGCUUCUUAAUUGUAAAGCAAGUGUUUGAAUCCUGUCCAAAAUGACAAAAACAAAUACUUUAAUUUACACUUCACGUGAAAAACUUGCAUGUCUCUGAGAAAGUAAUAAUUUUGUCAUCCUUUGUUGAGAAAUGGCUAACAGUAUCUCUUAAGUCUUAAUUUUGUCAUAGUGUUACAGAUUUUGAGUAUCCCAUUGGAUAAUAUUGGCGAACCAGUGUAACUUAACAAAUCAGCCUCCUUGUCAGCAAAUACCUGGUCAUACACUAGGUUUUGCUCCUUUCCAUGCCUCUGCACAAUUCUCCAUGUGAUCUGUUUUCAUGUAGCCCACAGUUGUUGGCUAAACACUUUAAAUAAAUGUUGUGCAAGAAAUUCAGAUAACUUUGCACAUUCAAAUCUUGGGUAUUUGCAAAUUAAAUUCUGUGCUUUGGCAGUUUUUCCUCUGAAAUAUAUAUAUAUUGAUCUUUCAUUAGUUCUAUUUUAGCAGAGAAUGGACGGGACAAUUUUUUUUCAGAAUUUGACCAUGAUAGGGGAGCAAUCCUCAGAUUCAUACCCAUUCUCCCCACAUUGAAAAACAAUCUACCUGUGGGUAGCAGGUUCAAUGAGAUGCAUGGUAAAGAUACAUUUCCGGCAUCUUCCACUUAUAGCUUAAAAUUUGAGUCUCAAAUGCCUCAAUCUUUCUUGAAUUGAACACAGGUCUGCAAUGAAUGGUUUCAGAGUUCAGUCACCAAAUUGUUCCUAAUUACAUUUUGGGUAACCUAUAAAAACUUUUAACUGCAAUAGGCAAGCAGCUAAUGAUGGAUUGGAACAUUACCUGAGCACAACCUGAGACAUAAUUUAGGAUGGUAUAAAUCAAGCUGUCUAACCCUUACAGUACUUCUGUAACUUGGAGUUAAUUCUUAUCCAAAGAAGGACUCAAGGCCUUUCAUCUGUUUGCCACACAUUCCCACCUGUUGUUGGUUUUUUUAAGUCGGGUGGGUAGCCAAUGUGCUUCCCAUAUACUGCUGUACCUUUAGCUCCCAUCAUGUCCAGUAGGCAUAGUCAAGGAUGGCAUUUGUAGCACAGAAAAAUCUAGAGAACACAACAUUGACUACCCCUCCUACAAGAUAUGUGCAGAUAUGUGUACUUUCCUUCUCAGAAUGCCCAGCAUGCUGCUAUAACAGCAAGCGAAACUAGUAUAAAAUGGGGGGAAGUGCACAAAGUGUCUUGUGUCUAACACAAAGGCAUUAGAGAGAGGAAAGAGGACAUGAGGGCUGCCCUCUCGCUGGAGUAACAACAUAGGUAAGUGAGGGGGGAGGUGGGAGCAUAGCCUGGCAGGAUUCGGAUGCCCAGGGCUUGGGUACAUGCACUGACGAGUGAGGACUCAUGAUCUGAGUGUCAAAGUAGAUAUGACAUAUGUCACAUAGCUUGUCCUUGCCUAGUGUGUGAUUUGCUGGCAUAGGUCUAAGCCGGACAGGGACCGUGAUCUGGGAAAGGACAGCUUUAACCCUUUGCCUCCUCAAUGUCUGAAUCGGAAUUUGACACACACCCACACCAAAAAAAGUUACUGCCCGCAGCCAGAGGGAAGUUGCCAUUCAGGGGUGUAGGAAAGGCACAACUGGGAGUUUUAGACGGACAAAAUGUCUGCACAAAGGACCGUUUCUGAUAUCUCACUGCACCUGUAAUCCAGUGGAGUCAGUCUAAAAUUUCACAAGUUUCAGAGUAUUAAGAUGAGUUACAGUCUUGGGAAGCUUGGGCUGGUGCUAGAAUGGAAGUGAAUUUUGAAAUGAGCAAAAGAAGGAUGAAUGUUUAUCUCACAAAAAGGAAGGGGCCUAACAAUAGCCAAGUGGGCAGUGACAACAGCCUGGUAUUUAAACAAGCAAAUGGCUUAAAUUAGGGAGGGGAAAUACACAUGCAAGCCCCUUCCUCUAUAACCCCCCCCCCAAUAUUUGCAUAUUCAUCCCAAAUAUACAAAGAGGCGUUUUAAGCACAUUCAGCUGAACACAUUGAAAACACCUUGAGUCUCUGUGGUGCAUGUGUGGACAUCUGAAGUGCAUGCCUGGGGACAUCAGGGCUGGGGUUUGCAUGCCCUGUCACCCUUUCCCAUUUAAACCCUUUUGUGUUCUCUCAGAUGCCUUCACAGGGUGCCUUAUUGAGUCAGGACAUGGAGAAAGUGUAGGUUUUACCAGUUCCAAGAGAUCCUAGGCCAGUAUACAGAAGAAAGUACAACACUCCUGAUCUGUCUCAAUGUAGGGCGGCAGCAGGAGUUCCAAAUUCAUUCUUCCCCAACUUGCUAAUAUUUCCAGGCAGAAUGGGAGACUUCUGAGCCAAGGUGAUUAGGUAGAGGCCCAAAAUGGAAACAACAGGGUAUUGUCCAGGAGCUGCCUGCUUGGAAAACCUGAUAGACCAGUGGUUUCCACCAUAGUUGUUCCUCUUUGUUGACUACAGUCAUCAUUAGGUUUCACUGCAGCAUUUUGUACAUCUGUGCAUUUAGCAUCUAAAAAGAAAAAGCAUUUGAACCACAAUUAUGGGGAUAGUGUUAGGACUGGUGGUGAUGGAAAUGCUUGAAAGUGAUCCCUGAAGUCUUCUGGAUCCUGUCCAUAGUUCCUUGAAAUUAAUCACAAGGGAUUUCAUAAGGCUCUUUUAUUCAUGACACUUGGACAUUUCUGCUCAUAGCCAUCUUUUUAAAUCUUAACUAUCUUACGUAAAGCAUUCUGCC